AUUAAUCCAAUUUUGAUAACUUUUUCCCCCUUUUGGAAUUUCAAAAUCUUGCAUGUGUUCUUGUUUUAUGCUUAGCUCUGUGUGAUUCUUCAACUUUUUGAAGAGUAUAAACUGAGAAUUUCAUCUUUUAUGCGUGAAAUGAGAGAUCGUUGUGAAAAAUUAUCUGAAGCGAGUUAUCUGGUAGUUUCCUCUGAAUUUUGUAAGAUAGAAAGAAUUCAAGAAAAUAUGAACUCAACUGCUGAUGUGUAUGAAGUGCUUAGGUCAAACUUUCCUGAUGUUUCCUUAUGUUUUGUAGCAUACCAAAAAAAUCAUAACUAUUUGAUCUUCAUUGUAAGUUUCUGGGUGGCUAUAUGUGUGGAUGGUGAGUUAAAAAAACCUUGUAAGUGGAGAAGAAGGACCUUUUAGCAUAUCAAAUGUUCAAAUGAAUUUGAUGAUUUGUUAGAAUAGGAACUGGGAAAUUGUAUCGGUGAUAAUACAAAUUAUAUAAUAGUGAUGCCUUUUGAUUUUGUGAAAAUAGUCAAUGAAGAUGUAGUGUCAGAUAUUGGGUUUAGAGCAACAUGACUGCAAGAGUUGGAGUUACCGGAAGGUGUAAAUUGGUGCUUCCAUUCCUCCCCUUUUACGCUUUCGUGAACUUCUUGUUUCCUCGAGAACCAAGAGUGAUCUGUGUCCGGAUAAGUAAACCUGAGUUCUUCAGGCAGUAAUUUUAGUGAUCAUGAGGAUUUAGCUUCUGUAGCAGCAUCUGGGGCGGUGCAAUGUCAGAUGAUGGAUAUGGCACAUCCUGGAGUAGUUCCCAUGCACAAGGUCAAUUUUGAUGCUAAGACCGAAUAUGAUAUGAUCCAAAACUACAAAGUACUUCAAGAUGUUUUUAACAAACUCAAAAUUACCAAGCAUAUCGAGGUCAACAAACUUGUCAAGGGGAGGCCGCUGGACAACUUGGAGUGCCUGCAAUGGCUAAAACGUUACUGUGAUUCUAUCAACGGUGGACUGAUGAAUGAGAAUUAUGACCCGGUAGAGCGCAGAAGCAAAGGCGGAAAGGAAAGAAAUUCCAAGGCUUCUCAAAAGAACUCCAAGUCUUUGCAAACAAAUAAUUCUCUGAGUUCUCCUGCAUCAUCCAAUGGAGUGAUUGGCAAUAAGAUUUCCGUUUCAGGCACGAAACAAGGGAAACAGGGUGGUGCGGCUGAUGCUUCAUUAGAGCUUCAGAGAUUGAAAAACGAGGUUACAGAUCUGAAGCUGUCUGUCGAUUCGUUGGAGAAGGAAAGGGAUUUUUACUUUGCGAAAUUGAGGGACAUUGAAUUGCUUUGCCAGACACCAGAGUUGGAUAAUUUUCCAAUGGUCGUGGCGGUGAAGAAGAUACUAUAUUCCGCGGAUCAGAACGAUACGGCCCUUGCUGAAGCUCAACAAAUUGUGUCCCAUUCAAUCAACAAUCACCAGCAAAUUGAUUUUGAGUGAUCACUCAUUUCCAACUCAAUAUCUCAUCUGCAACUCUCUUCAGAAUCUAGAGUUUGUCUUGCUAAAUCAAUACUUGCUACUUAGAUUUUUAUACUUUACAUGAGAAUAUUUCAUUUUUGUACCUUAAAAUAUUGAAUCAAUUAAUUGCAAAUAUGGAAAACCAAAUAUAUUGCAGUCUUUUAUGUUUUUGUAUAGUA